UAUAGGUAAAAAUGUAAAUGUAUAAUUUAUAAUAGCAACACAGUGCCUACUACGGAAUCAUUUGUUAACACACUGUUGCAGAUUUAGUUAACUCGGUGAACACUGCAACAAAAUUGAUAAGAGGAAGGUAGCGAACAGAAGUUCUACAUUAUAUUACUUUGUUCAGAUUUUUGCUUAAACUGAUUGCCUUAAAGGAGACAAACAAAUGGAUUUUAACAUUCGCCAACAGUUAACUUUUGCUGAAAAAAAUAAAGAUACUGGUGCUUUAAGGACUGCUUACAACUUGAUCAAAGCUGGGGCAGAAGAACGAGAUGCCGCGGACGCCACAGGAAGAUUUAGUACGGAUUUGUUUGUAAUCUGCGCAGAGCAGGCAUUUCAGUUGGGGGUCACUGAAAUUAGUAAGGAUUGUCUGGAAAUGUACUUCAAAGAAAAAUGUCCAGCCAACCAGUUCCUUGGAAGGGCUUACUUGUGUCAGGCACAACUGAAUGCCCCAGGGUCUGCAGAAAACAGGGAUGAACUUGAGACGGCAUCAGCAUAUUUUAUAAAAGCAAUUGAUUUUGCUAAACACCAUCCAAGAUAUCAUUUUUUGAUAUUUAACACCUCUGUUCUCUACUGGCAAAUGAGCAGACCAUUUUCUAUGCCUGGCUCUCGUAAAUUUUUGAUCCCUUCUUUAACUCAUGUUCUGAAUGCCCUGGAGGAAAUUGGAGAGAGUGAUUUUCACUGGAGAGCUACCCUUAUGCUUGAGUUACUUGAGUCUCUUUUAGAUGCUGGACAUUUCAAAGAUGCUGCCAAAUUUGCAAAUGAAGCAGCUUUAUUUAUUAAAACAAAUGUUCCUCAUUUGUACCAGAAGAUUUUUUCUCUACAGAUGCAACACAAAUUGAUAGAUGCUCAAACAGCAACCAAAGCAGGAAAAAACUUUCGUGCAAUAUCAGUUAUUUAUAAAAUUCAAAUGCUGAAAUCUGAGAUGAAUUCAAAAGAGUUCGUCAAAGAUGCAGAAGGAAAACUCUCCAAAAUUCUGCGUCUUCUUCAGUCAAAUGCACGGGAGGUAUCCACAGAGUCCAGUGAUGAAGCAUUAGAAAUAUCUACUGCUGAAAAAAUUUCUUUACUUCUACAAUUAGCUCAUAUUGCCUUGGAACUAAACAGCCCACAAGUUACUGCUGCAUGUUUAUCUAAUGUGGAAAAGAUUGGACUGAUUGACUCUAGACAGCUGAUUGAAGUUCAGUGUUUGAAAAUUCAAGUUGACCUGAAGAAGGAUGGUAUUAAGAUUGAGAAAUAUUCAAAGGCUGCUGUGGAGAUGCAAUUGAAAGCCACAGAACAAUUGGAUCUAGUGUUACAGAAUGCAGUUCGUGAAGGAGACCUCAAUGUAAUCCAAAUAGUUUGUGUAGCACAGUGGAAUCUUUGUCUACCCCUUCUGCAACACAACAUAAAAAGGAGGGUGAAAAAACAACUUAACCGUGUAGCUGAAGCACUUGAAAAGUCCAAUAGCCUUAUGUUUCAGCUCCAUUGCCAGAUUCAUAUAGAAAUAGGUCGUAUAGAAGAAAAUGAGGAUAGAAUAGAGGCUGCUAUACAACAUUUUCAGAAAGCAUUAAAUCUGGAUGACAGAGGGGUCUACAAAGAAUCACUCCAAGCAACAUUACACUUGCUUCAGUUGCAAACAGUCCUGUAUAAGACGCCAGAUCGACCACAGGAUAUUGCCGCAAAGAUUAUUGAACAGGCAAAGAAAGGGAAAACAAAUGAUGAUGUCAGAAUGAAGCGCUCCCUUCUGGAAAAUGCUGGUAUUGCAUUGUCUCCUAAAACAUUCCUAGUUGUUCUUGAUGGAGAACAUGAUGUGAAAGAUGCUGCAUUGAAAAAGAACAAUAAGAUAAUUAGUCAACUUGCAGCAAAAGCCCAACAUCACACAGAUUCUUUGCAAGAACUGGAAGGUUACCUGAGCAUUCUCGGAAGCCAUAAUGAUAAGGAAAGAAUGAAACUCUGGGCAGCUUUGGCAAAAGUGGCAAGAAAACAGGAAGUCUGGGAUAUCUGUCGUGUUGCUUGCAGAUUCUGUCUGUUAUAUGAUGAUGGCCGCUGGCAAGCUUCAAAUGAGAAAAAAGAUCAAAGUAAGUCAGAAGGUAAUCUGGAUAAUUUUCAACACUCAAUGAAACAUGAAAAGGAAUUACUAAGAUUACUGGCUGAGGUCAGAUUUAUAAGUGCUGAGGCAACUGUUCAUAAAUUACAGUCAGAGGGUGUUCAACUUAAUGACAAGCCUGUUCCACCAGAAGAUAAAAGAAAGCACUCUGUGGGAUUUGUUAUGACUAAUCCGGCAAAUGACCCAAUGUGGAUAGUUUACAGAGAUUGGAUAUCAAGAUUGUCAGACUAUGCAACAGAAAAUUUUUUACGAGCAGCAGAGCUGGGAGUUGAAUUAAAUGAAGCUUGGAUUGUUUGCAAUGCUGCUGUUUACAUUUGGAACUACAACAUCCAUUUGAUUAAAUCUGGACGGCAAAGGGAGCUCGUCGAGACAUUUCAAAAAAUACUUUCAGCAUUCAAGAAAACUGGUCACUGUGGUGAAACAGUACUUGUAAUGAUGCUGUGCAAUGUAGUAGCACAAGGACUAAUGGCACCUUGGCUUCCACACACUUCAAAGGAAAGUUUUGAAUCAAGGGAGCAUGAAAAGAGAUCGUCAGGAAAGACCUCAGCUGAGAAAAGUAGCAAAAGCUCUACAAGAAGUAAUGAGAAGAUUGGUAGCAAUCAAGGGUUUUCUGUGGAUCCAAGUGGUCAGUCAGACUUGAAGAAAGCAUUAGAGGUUUGUGAAUUUGCAUUAGGUAUAGCAAAUGGCAUUGCAUCACCGGAUUCAGUUCCUGUUGCUGUGGUUAAACAAAUUGUUAUGACUUGGGUGAAAAUAAAGCAGCUUCUACAGCAAAAUAUAGUAUUAAAACUUGAAUCUGAUGAUGAGAGCAAAGACAUUUCUCAGAGUGCAAUGACAAAAAUACUUACUGGACUGGAAAUGCAUUCAUGUAAUAAUACAAAACUAAUGGAAUUUUCUGCUCCUAGUCUUUCUCUGAUGGCAAAGGUGAUGUCGGACUGCACUUGGACUGAUGCAGUUGUUGAACUGCAAGCAUGGAUACAGUUAGCACACUUUUCUCUUUUGUCUAAUGAUCAUGAUUUAGUAAUGCUAUGUACCCAGAAGGCAAAAGGGUUGGAAGAAGCAGCUACAAAGAAAGUGAAUCUGAAUAAACUAACAAUAUGUGAUUAUAGUGUGGUACAAGAAAUGUUCAGCAUUAUUUUCUGUACCCAGGGUCAAAGUAUAUUUCAGUCUUCUGCUGGAAAUCGAAAUUUACUUAAUGCUGCAUUGAAUGCAUUUGAAUUAAGUGCCUGCUAUGCAGAAAAAGCUGGAAACAACAGACUUGCAAUGACAGCAGCACGGCACUUUUGGAAUGCAUGCCUGCCUAUUAUGCAUUUACCGUCAGAAAGGCAGCUCCUAAGAGACUCCAUUGUAAAAAUUCUGAAAGCUGUAAACUGUACUAGCCAAAAGGAGCAUUUGGAUGAAGGAGAAUUAUUAACAGUUGUUCCAAGACCAUCAUCUGAACUUUCUGCAACACCUGUUUUCAGACAAACUGGACCUUCAGUAACAAGUAUUGGAAAUCCAGAAGAGGAUCUCACUUUGAGAACAGCUAUGUAUGCACUCCUGUUUUUUACAUAUGCUGAUAACAAUGACUGGGAAGCAGGGUUGAAUGUUCUAGAUGAAGCAAUCUGGCAAAUGCCCCGAACAAAACACAGAUUAUUCCUGUUUAAGCACAGAGCUAUUGUGAAAGCUAGACUUGGACAAAAUACAAUGAUGGAUAUGCAGAAGUUAAGAAAUGAAACGGAAGAUUACAUCUCUUACAUGUGGUCCAGACUGGCGGAUUGUUCAAAGGAAACGGCAGACAAAUUAUCAUGUUACCAAAAUGCAAUUGGAUCAUUAAAGCAAUCAGAAUAUGACUGGCAGAAGGUUGAAUUCCUACUUUUAUUUGGUGAAUGGCUGUAUUCAAAUCAGUUUCCAGUGUCAAAUUCUUUGAACAUAAUUGAAUGGGCAAUUGACGUUCUUCUUCACCUGAGACCAGGGGAACAGGAAAAAAACAAUGAUGAUACAGAAAUAGCAAAACCUCGGACAAGUAGCAAGUUACCUUCAAAAAAAGAAACAAAUGAAUCCAAUGAAAACUCAAACUCCACCAAACCAUUGAAGAAGAUUGAUUAUGACAUUGCCACUCCAGAUAAUUUGGGGAUUGAAAUCGGAGUGCAAGUUACAACAACAAACCUGUCACUUUCAGACUUAAAAAACAUAAAACAGCUUGAAACCCUCAUUAGAGCACAUACAUUACUGGCUAUUAUUUUAGGCAGUGGUUCCAGUCAACAUCAGCAGAAUUGUCUUAUAGCCUACGCAUAUGUAAUGCGAAUCUGGCAGGUAUCUUUAGCAUCUGGUGGAGUACUUGUUAAGGAGUUAAUGAAAAAUCAGUCAGCCCCUUCUCCAGCAACACCGGCUGCAACACCAAAGUCAAAACAGAAAGGAAAAAAAUCAAAAGAACCUCCCACACCAGUGGUUAAAGAGAAACCAAAACGGAAAGGGCCAUUGGAUGUUUUACCUGCAACUCCAGAGGAAUGGGCUGGCUAUGAUUGCCCUGAUGAAAUUAGAGAAGUUUUUAAACAUGACGGCAAUGUAUCGACUAUCAAUAAUAAAACCAUCACAAAACCGAUGCAGAGCUUAUAUUACCUGGAUCAGCUGGUGAAAGAACUACAGUUGCUUUCACUAAUCCAUCUGACAUUGCCUGUUCUUCAGUUUGCUGAAGUAAUUGCUCAUGAAGUUAUGGGCAGCAAGAGUCGGUCAGAUCUCUAUCACCUAAGAAUUGCACAGGUAUCUACAGAUCUUGGCUUGAAUAUGCAUGCUGCAUAUCAUGAAAAGAUUGUUGGAACAAUUUUCAUUUAUGAUGAGGAACAAAUCAAGUGUCGACAAGAUAUCUUUGUACAAAAAGAACAACAAACCCAAACUCCUAAAGAGAAAUCACAGAAUACAGAUGCAGAAAACAUAUCAUUAAAGAUGAAUGAUAAGAAUGUAACAGGAAAGGGGAUGAGUGAUAUAUGUAUUCAAGACUUAUGGAUGGAUAAGGCCGAACUGUUGCUCAAAUCAAGUUCAUAUCAACCAGCUAGACUACUUCUGUCAGAGGCUUACAUGGCUUCCACUGAACUGGGAGACAAAGCUGCUAAGGCCAGAUGUUUAUAUCUCUUUGCAUUUCUGGCAAACAGUGAAAAAAAACAUGCACAAGCUAAAGCAUUCCUGGAGAAAGCACGAGAAAUUGGUGGUGAUGAAUAUUUCUGGUUUAAUACAACACAUUGUUUAGUAACAGCCAUAGCAGAAGGAUACAAUGAAAACAAAGAAAUAUUGGCUUGUAAAGUUUUAGAACAUACCGUCUCAAUACUUAAAUCUGCUUUGGAAGAGAGACCCAACAGAGCUCCUAUAUGUAGAUUUAUGGUUGCAUCCCUGGAAGCAAGAAAGGCAUCAUUGCAGUUACAACUUUUUCUUCAUAAACUGCCAGAAAAAAACAUAAACCCUCAUUCUCUCGAGAAGAUAAUGGCAGCAUGUGACAGACUAAGCCAGUCUUCCAAGGAACUUAUACAGUGUGGACACAAGAAGGAAGGAGUUGAUGCAAUUGUAGAACAAGCUAUGGCCUUACGUAAGCUUGCCAGUAAAACUGACAAUGAAGAAUUCAAACAUCACUAUCUUUUAGAGUCCUAUAGAUUGAUGAAUCAUGCGGUUAUGGUUCAAGAAGAAGUAUUCUGCAAUACAGUCAACAUAUUUAAUCUUCAGGAGACAAGAAAUCUAAGCUUGCCAGUGACAAGGAAGCUGGCUAAAAUUAAGUUAAUGCUUGUUGACCUGACUAUAGACAUGCUCCAGAUUUUAUUUAAUGAAGAGAAGAUGCAGGCAUUUGCAGAUGAACAAAAGGGUCCUGUUCGGAAAAUGGUGGAGGAAUAUGUCCGAAACACACCUGACUGUACAUCAGUUGAGCAAGAAUGGAUCAUGACCGGAAAGACCCUAGGACAAAUGACUCUGACUCAAUUAGAAAGUGUAUAUACCCUCUGUACCAGUUCACUCGAGAUGAAGGUCAAGUGCUUAUGUCUUCUGGGAAAGUGUCUGCGAUUGCUUUCUGUUAAGAAUGACCCAAUUUAUCCUUUAGCCCACUGGAACAGUCAUUUUGUGGAGGAAAUUAAAAGCAAAUUGAACGAUGAUGAACCAGAAAUAGAGGCUGAUUGUCAACAACAGGAAGUGAAGCAAUACUCAUCAAAAGCGUCUAAGCUCAAGAAUGAAAGAUUAUUUGCCCAGCAGACCCUUGCCCAGGCUACUGAAGUUUUGGCACAAACCCUUAGUUUAUCUAUAAACAACAAAUUUACUGAUGUUAUAACAAUGUCCAGUCUUGAUUUACUUGAGUGCUUUCAACAAUUUGAUCAUGUAUCUUCCUGUCAAUAUUUAGCUCUUUACCAGAGCUGUCGUGUUUCAAUGAUGAUGUCCGAAGUUCUAAACAUAGCCACUAGUGACACAAGCAGCUCUCAGCUGGCAGCAUUGAUGAAUCUUUUAAACCAAUUGCAUGGUACAAGGGAUGCCAGAGCAAACACACUCUUCCUUACUGUACAGCAAAAGCUGACUGAAAUUUCAAAGGCAUAUGCAAAUCUUAUGAUUAAUCCACAGCACCUUAAUCAUCUAAAUGACCUCCCGCCAAACUUUCGCAUUCUCAUUCUGCAGCAUUCAGAAGAUAGGUCUGUUUUGUAUGGUGCAUUUUUUGACAAAGCAAAAGCAAAUGAGAAACUGAGGGGGCCUCCACUAACAGGUCCAUUAAUGCAUACCAGAGUUGCACGAACAUCUGUGAAUCCAGAUACUUUUUCAAAGCUUCUUGCAGAGGUUCGCCAGUAUAAACAAAAUGUUAUGAAAUUGCUACUAAAGAAGGAGUUUCAAAAAAGUUAUAAUUUAGAGCAAACAUAUGAAGUAUUGAAUGAGGAUCCAUCAGACUUCAACCAUGUUGUCAAACUAAUGAAGGAUUAUCUUAGACCAAUACUUUCUCAAUUUGACUUUUCAGUUUUGAGGACGCAGACUUCAUUGCUGUCAACUAAAGAAAAAGAGGAAAAACCUGCUUCUGGGAAGACAACCUCAAGUGCCACUGUUGAUACUGAAGAAAGUAUCAUUGUUCUGGCUGACAAAUUGCUUAUGGAAUUGCCUUUGGAAGCACUUAAAAUCAUAGAUGAUGAUGGACUAAGCACCAUAUCUAGAGAUUUCUCCCUGCAGCUCCUUUGGAAUCGUAUGCAAAGAGAAGAACCAGUUAAAAGUGAAGGUAAACAUGAGAGCAAAAGUGCAAAACAGGCAAAAGUCAAAGGAGAUCAAAAAAAAUCCAUCAAAGCGGUGCCUAUCAGUCGGGAUUUACCAGCAAACUGUACACCAGUGAAUACCCACAACUUCAAAUAUGUUGUGGAUCCUUAUAAUGAAGUUAAAGAACCAGAUUCAGUAAAUCCAGUAAAUAAAAUGAAGCAAAUUCUGGAAACAUAUAGUCCACAAUUUACACCUCAAUGGCAAGGAAUUAUGGGCAAUGAACAUGUUCCAAGCCAUGCUGAACUUGAACAACUGUUGAAUAAAAGCAGUGCCUUUGUUUUCUAUGGAACUGAGAGGUUCCUAGCCAACCUGAUGCCUUCUAGGCUUGUUGCAAUGAAUGUUGCAGAGUGCCAAAUUGUGAUUCUUUUUGACCUGGUCCAAAGUAGUCGUACAUUCUUUCGCCAAUCAAAACUAGAUGAAAAUAAAAGUUUAUUGCAGCUGUCAUUGGAAGAUCCUAUUAAUGCUGUCAUCCUAUUGAGUCUCACUGGGGUUUCCUCAGUUAUGGCUAAUCAGUGGCAUACAACUCUCAUAGAAAAUGCAAAAAGAGCAGACAUUGUUUUUGAAAAUCUUCUUAAACUAGGCCAUACCACUGGGCAGACGGUGCAGGCUAUGCAGAAACAGAGCGCACUGUUGGGCACAAGUGACAAUUCAGGUUCUAAUAAUCAAGGACAUUUGAUUGUGAUGGACACUGAGCAAAGGAGCAAACAGAUGAAUGAUGAUGAUCAAGCUCAGGAAGGCCUUCUUUUGCCUUCUGAUUUUAACUGUGUCCUCUAUGGACUUCCGAAUUUAGUUGUUAUGUGACUUUUUUGUCUUAUUACACAGAAAACUGGAAAAGUAUGUUCUUGUACACAAAGUAGUGUAGUUAUUCAACUUGUUAUUGCAGAUACGGUCAUUUUUCAUAAUAACAUUUAUUUAUGUGAUGUACAUAAACACACACACUGAGUGUUUGAGAAACACAUAAUUCAAAUUAACUAAAGUAAACACAACUACCCACUUGAGCCUGUUUUAAAAAAUAGUCAUUUUUAAUUUGUAGUAAAUGUUUGGCUACCUCUCAAAAUCCAGGAAAUCCAGUGUCUUUGUCAACUUGUUAUGUAUUUUUGAGGUAAUUUGUUUAUUUUUUUAAUUUACAUUUGUAUUUCCUCUAUAAAAGAUUAAAUUUAGUUUAUUUCUG